CGCGCGAUGCGGUCACGGAGCCGCCGCCGCGCCCCCGCCCCGCGGUUUGAAUGUGAAGCGCAGCCGGAGCGCUCGGAGCCGCCGCCGCCGCCGGGGGGACCCGCCAGGUUCUGCCAAAAUGGAGCUGAGUGAUGCCAAUUUACAAACUUUAACUGAGUAUCUAAAGAAAACACUAGAUCCAGAUCCUGCUAUAAGGCGUCCUGCUGAGAAGUUCCUCGAGUCCGUGGAAGGAAGCCAGAACUACCCGUUGUUACUCUUAACGCUGCUGGAGAAAUCACAGGAAAAUGUCAUCAAAGUUUGUGCAUCUGUGACGUUCAAGAAUUACAUUAAAAGGAACUGGAGAAUUGUUGAGGAUGAACCAAACAAAAUAUGUGAAUCAGACAGGAUAGCCAUUAAAGCCAACAUAGUGCCCUUGAUGCUUAGCAGCCCAGAACAAAUUCAAAAGCAGUUAAGUGAUGCCAUCAGUAUUAUUGGUCGGGAAGACUUUCCUCAGAAGUGGCCAGACCUGCUGACAGAGAUGGUGAAUCGCUUCCAGAGCGGGGACUUCCACGUCAUCAACGGGGUUCUUCGCACUGCUCACUCUUUAUUCAAAAGGUACCGCCAUGAAUUUAAGUCAAAUGAAUUAUGGACAGAGAUCAAACUUGUUCUUGAUGCCUUUGCUUUACCCUUGACAAAUCUCUUUAAGGCAACUAUUGAACUUUGCAGCACACAUGCAAAUGAUGCCAGUGCCCUGAAGGUUCUCUUUUCUUCUCUCAUUCUAAUUGCGAAGCUGUUCUAUAGUUUAAAUUUUCAGGAUCUUCCAGAGUUUUUUGAAGAUAACAUGGAAACGUGGAUGACAAAUUUUCAUACUCUUCUAACUUUAGAUAAUAAACUCUUGCAGACUGAUGAUGAAGAGGAAGCUGGAUUACUGGAGCUCUUGAAAUCACAAAUUUGUGAUAAUGCUGCUUUAUAUGCUCAAAAAUACGAUGAAGAAUUCCAGCCCUACCUGCCACGAUUUGUAACAGCAAUCUGGAAUCUGUUAGUCACGACGGGCCAGGAGGUGAAGUAUGACUUGCUGGUCAGUAAUGCAAUCCAGUUUCUGGCCUCAGUUUGUGAAAGACCACAUUACAAGCAUCUGUUUGAAGACCAGAAUACAUUGACGAGCAUCUGUGAAAAAGUUAUUGUUCCCAAUAUGGAAUUUAGAGCGGCUGAUGAAGAAGCAUUUGAAGAUAAUUCUGAAGAAUAUAUAAGAAGGGAUUUGGAAGGAUCUGAUAUUGACACCAGGCGCAGAGCGGCUUGUGAUCUAGUCAGAGGCUUGUGCAAAUUUUUUGAAGGACCUGUGACAGGGAUCUUCUCUGGAUAUGUUAAUUCUAUGCUGCAAGAAUAUGCAAAGAAUCCAUCUGUUAACUGGAAGCACAAAGAUGCAGCUAUUUACCUUGUUACCUCUUUGGCAUCCAAAGCUCAAACACAGAAGCAUGGAAUAACCCAAGCCAAUGAACUUGUUAAUCUGACAGAAUUCUUUGUGAAUCACAUUCAGCCUGAUUUAAAGUCUGCUACUGUGAAUGAAUUCCCUGUGCUAAAAGCGGAUGGUAUCAAAUAUAUCAUGAUUUUUAGAAACCAAGUACCGAAGGAACAACUGCUGGUGUCUAUUCCUCUCCUAAUCAAUCAUCUGCAAGCAGAAAGUAUUGUGGUCCACACUUAUGCAGCCCAUGCCCUUGAGAGACUCUUUACCAUGAGGGGGACAAAUAAUACUACCCUCAUUACAGCUGCAGAAAUGGCACCGUUUGUAGAAGUGCUGUUAACAAACCUUUUCAAAGCACUGACGCUUCCUGGCUCCUCUGAAAACGAAUACAUUAUGAAAGCCAUCAUGAGGAGUUUUUCUCUGCUACAGGAGUCCAUAAUUCCAUACAUCCCUUCUGUCAUCACACAGCUCACACAGAAACUGCUGGCUGUCAGCAAGAAUCCCAGCAAGCCCCACUUUAACCAUUACAUGUUUGAGUCCAUCUGCCUGUCGAUCAGGAUAACAUGCAAGGCGAACCCGGAGGCCGUGGGGAGCUUUGAGGAGGCUUUGUUCCUGGUGUUCACUGAGAUCCUGCAGAAUGAUGUGCAAGAGUUCAUUCCAUACGUGUUCCAAGUGAUGUCCCUACUCUUAGAAAUGCAUAAAAACGAAAUCCCAUCAUCCUACAUGGCGCUGUUUCCUCACCUGCUGCAGCCAGUGCUCUGGGAAAGGACGGGGAACAUCCCUCCGCUGGUGCGGCUGCUGCAGGCGUACCUGGAGCGGGGGGCCAGCACCAUCGCCAGCGCCGCCGCCGACAAAAUCCCUGGGUUGUUAGGUGUGUUCCAGAAGCUGAUUGCCUCUAAAGCUAAUGAUCAUCAAGGCUUCUAUCUUUUAAACAGCAUCAUCGAGCAUAUGCCUCCUGAAUCAGUUGACCAGUACAGGAAACAGAUCUUCAUUUUGCUAUUCCAAAGACUUCAAAAUUCCAAAACAACAAAGUUUAUCAAAAGCUUUCUCGUCUUCAUUAACUUGUAUUGCAUAAGAUAUGGGGCAUUAGCUCUGCAGGAGAUAUUUGACAGCAUACAGCCAAAGAUGUUUGGAAUGGUUUUGGAGAAGAUUAUAAUUCCUGAAAUCCAGAAAGUGUCUGGGCAAGUUGAAAAGAAAAUCUGUGCUGUUGGCAUUACAAAAAUAUUAACAGAAUGUCCUCCCAUGAUGGACACUGAGUACACCAAGCUGUGGAUUCCUUUGCUGCAGGCCCUCAUUGGCCUCUUCGAGCUGCCGGAGGAUGACACGAUCCCUGACGAGGAACACUUCAUCGACAUCGAGGAUACUCCAGGCUAUCAGACUGCCUUCUCCCAGCUAGCCUUUGCUGGGAAAAAAGAACACGAUCCUGUAGGUCAAAUGGUGAACAAUCCUCGAAUCCAUCUGGCACAGUCUCUUCACAAACUGUCCACAGCGUGCCCAGGCAGGGUUCUCUCCAUGCUGAGCACCAGCCUGAACGCAGAAGCGUUGCAGUAUCUCCAAGGAUACCUCCAAGCUGCAAGUGUGAGUCUGCUCUGAGAUAUUCCACGAGCAAGAUCAAAAGCUGGUUUGUUACACAGAAGGUUGACACUGACUUUUUUUUCUAGCAGAGCUCAGAGAAAACGAAAAAUGCUGCUUGAAAUUGUAUUGCAGAUUCCAUCUUGUAAAAGAUAAACGUGGCUUUAAGGCAAAACUGAAAGAAUUUCUGGUUUGUGUACUCCUAGCUAAAGGUGGCCAACUUCCAUUCCCAGUCUGAUUUUCAAAGGGAGUAGUCAUAGCGGUUUGGUAUGGGAUUUUAUUUGAAAUCUGCAUCUGCAGUGUUUGGAUAAUACUUGGAAUUGUAUGGAGAGCACUGGCUGUAGAAACUCACUUCAGUCACUAAAAUUCCUUUUCAUUUUAAUGUUGUCCUUUGUAUUUCUUUUGUCUUUCCUUAAACUUUAUCUAAAUUGUGAAUAAAUAAGAAGUACUUGUUUAAAAUGCCUGUCACUGUGCGCUUACUGUUUUAGAAGAAUGUAGCUGGUUUAAAAAAAGAGGUUUUACACUUAGGUAGAAUAUAAAAUAGUGGGACUGUGAGGAUUUUCUAUAAGUAGUAGUUUAAUUACAUUUUAGGAUCAUACAGAGCAGAUCUAAAACUUUGGGAGAAGAGCUAGAGCUAUUGUCACUCUUGAUACUCAUUGACAGGCACAUCCCUUCUCCUGGAACAGGUCGUGUGAGAGCCGUGCAGUGAGGACAGGUGAUCCCCUGGGAGCAGGGAUCAGGCUCCAGGUGGGGUUUUCCUGUUGCAUUGAAACAAAAGCAGUGAUCUUGGAGUUAACUCAGAUGUUCUCCCUGUCUCCUCAUAAAUGGACUGAUUAGGUUUGGUGACCUUGACUUUGAAGUGCAUCAGUUGGACUUGUUAGUUCUGGCUCUUGAAGUGGGCAGGGAAAUGCCUGAGCCUCGUGUGCCCCAGGGGGCCUGAGCACCAAGCCCCCAGACCAUGGGCUCUCAGAGCACUGGUCCUGCAGGGAUAGGAAUAAAUUGAAUUAUAGAAAACUCCUGAAUAAGAGUGAAGUCUCAGACUUACGUGAUAUUAAGCAGUGUUGUACAUGACAGAAUUUUUUUAGUUGUUUGUGCACAGACAUUCUGGAGGUGACUUGAAUCAGGACUGGUGUUUUGUAUUUGUAUUAGUUAAUGCCUAUUGGAGCUGGGCCUUGUGUUAAGAAAGUUGCUGAAUUUACUGAGGGAGGAACAGGGCAGAAUCAGCUGUCUUUCAGUUCUUCCUGGUACCUGGAAGUGCAUCCUGGCCAUAGCUCUUAUACGUAAAGAAAUUAGUUGCCUGUUAGAUAAUGGAUUUAAAUAACUAAGUGCCUGAAAAUGUAGUAAAAGAGUCAGCAUCAGCAGGUUUUUCGUACCUGGUCUGUCAGGGAGUGUCAGGCCCUCGUUCAUAGAUGUGAAGUGACAGCAGUGCUCAGAGUGAAGCACUGCAGGGGUGAUCCUGAAGAGCAUCUGCCUUAGUGCUGCCGAGACAGACUGUGCUGUGUUCAGAGCUCCUGGCAGCAGGAAUGCCACAGACAGGCUGGAACCACAGGGACACACGUGACAUCUGCGAGGAGCUGAGCGCCUGCCUCGAAUGUCAGCGUUAACUGAGCCGUGGUCCUCCUCAACCCGCAGGCCAGAAGGAUACUCGGAGCUCUGCUCUGCAGCUUUGCCAUUUUCCCUGGAUAAUACGGAGAACAAUUCUACAGAGAACUUGCAGACCUUUUUUUCCUGCCAUGCUCAAAGAACCAAACUGGAAGGGUGCUGGUGGCCGUGUCCCAGUACUGUGCCUGCAGCCCUGUGCUGGAUGGAGCGGGGCCUCACGUUGGACCAUCUCACUUGGGCAGCUCCAAGCAAGAUUUCUUCAGAAACUCAGAGGUUGCUGAGAUGUGUAAGGAAACAGAUGCUUCUUGCCUUACCAGUACCAGCAUGGAUGGAACUGGACAGGAUUCACAGCAAGAAGCCGGAAUCUGUUAGAGAGAUGGCCAAAGCAAAAUUGGCUCUUCUAAAUGGAAAAUUAUCAGUGAGGCUUGAUGUUCACUGUCUUGCACUCCUUGCAACUCCUUGUGUGACUUUGUUGUUGGAUAGACAUUCCGUGUGAAUAAGUGCCUAAGUGACUUCAGAUCAGCACCAUCAAAUACCACAUUAGUCCUUCAGCUGACUCAGAGCUGAGUAACUCAGACUGUGUAGACACGGCUGUGGCACUGCUGGUGACGUGUUCCUUAGUGCCAGCACACUGUGCAGGUUUUGUGAGGGGUGUGAGGGUCUGUGCAGAGCACUGCCCUUCAGGGCAGUGAGUGCUCAAGGCAGUGCAGGCUUGUGCCAUCAACACUGCCCUCUCUGCACCCAGGAGGGACCUCCCUGCUCCUGCUGACACCUCCCGUUCUCAGGAUUCAGAAGGCCAAGUCCCACCUACAUUUAUCUGUUCAUUUGGUGGAAGCUGAUGCAAGCCAUGUUGUAACAGUUUUUUGCAAGACUCUGUUGGGCAGUUGGGCAAACACCAGUUCCUUUGGAAAGCUCAGGCUGGGAACACCUGAGGACCUGGGAGCAUCUAAUUCAGUGCAGUGAACUGCCUGCCACUCAGAUCUUCUGAAACACUUCUGAAAACACGGAGCCAAUUCUUACUUGCAACUGAUAAUGGUACAAGAUCAUUCAAAUUCAAGUGUAAGAAUGUUACUUGCUGCUUUCUGAGUGUGAAAUGGGCAAAGGGAUGCCUGUUUUUGGAUCUUUUGGCACCGUGGAACUCUAAUCUACUCUCCUUUCCUGGAGCCUACUGACUGAUUUGGGGUUGCCAGCUUCUAAAUUAUGUUCUGAGGCUUUUGUAACAGAAGAAAUACCUUACUGUUGGUUCAAAAACCCAAAACCAAACCCUCUCAAGACCAGUGUGUUUUCUUGUUUCCUUGGGCUGUGAAUGGGCCUCGACACUGCCAGCACUGCUGCCAGUGGGCAGCACAUGCAAAAGCAAAAACUCUGUUUCUCUGUUUCUUCAUGUACCUGUGUGCUGAGAUUUCAGCCAUUUACUUCCAGCAAUUCUCUGAUGAGGCCAGACAUUGAUUUUUGUCUUGAAACAGCUUCAUCCUUUCUUAGAAAUGAGAGUUUCUCAGUACCUGGGGAUUCCACCAACCAGCAGCAGCCAAGGGCAGAGCUGUGCCCAUUCUUCCAGCCCCCAGCAGAAGUACCACAGGCAUUUCUCCCAUUCCAGGCUUUUGCUGUGGAAAUUGCGCAGUUGUUCACUGACACACAGGUGCUCCAGGCAGGGCUCCUCUGGGAAAUCCCUCAGUAAAGACACCCAGCUCUCAGAAAGCAGCACAAAGGCUUUGUUUCCCCUUAGCUUUUACCCUUUCUUAUUUAAAUGAAGUAAUUCUUGGCUUUCCUGUAGUAUCGAGGAAAUGUUCCGGGCAGCAGUGGCAGGGCCCUCACAGGCCAGGAAAGGCUCAGUGGCUGCUGGUGACAGCUCAGGCAAAGUGACUGAAGGCUUAAAAGUUCUCUCUCAAAAUAGGAACCUUCUAAUUCACAUGAGCUCACAGCUUAUGCUGGACUUGCUGUAUUGCAUUCAAGAUGAGAGCAGAAGAAAAUAUUAUUAAAGUAAUAAAUCUUAAGUAAAAGAUAUUUUGGUACAAAGGAGUAAUGUGUCAGAAAAGCAGAAUAACAGGGCUUAGCUCAGCUAGUUCAUCUAGGUCCUAGUAAAAAGUUUUCAUUUUCUAAGGCUGUGGAGAGAAAUUCACACUCUUGGGUUUGUGCCUGAUAUAAAGUAAGUAUUUAACAAAGAAAAUAUAUUAAUAACAAAUAUCAGAUUUCUCCAUGAACAUCUGAAAAUACUGGCGUUACAGUACUGCUUCCUUACAAAAGAAAAUGAAAGUUUAAAGUAUUUUACAAAUUACAAUGUAGAAAAAGGUCUCUGUCCUUGUUUAAGCUGCUGUGCAAAGAAGAGUGGAAAAGUCUUUUGGAACGUUUUUGAGUAAUUAAUAAUCAUUCACAGGAUAGAGGAGUAAAUGCCUUUCCAUGCAAGAACAAAUGUGUUGGCUAUUUGACAUGUGCCAAAAUACUCCUCAGGCCUUUGAAUUCCGUGUGUAUUUGCUUCAGUUAUGUUCAGUUUUGUGAUCUGGCUGCAGAAGCUUUCUGUCUCGACUGCAAAUUUUACACAUGCCCAGGCGUUCACAGUUCUCUGGAAAAAGAGAACAUAAACCUGAAUUUUUACUGUAACUUGCUUUGGAAUUCCCUGUCUCCACAUAACUUUCUAGAAAAAACCUCCACAAACGUUUCAUUUCAGGUAACACUGAGCCUUGCAGUAGUGAUUGCACAGCAGCUGAAAUUUCAUUUCCUUCUGAAAUGUGACUGUUGCUGGCUUGGAAUAAUUAAAGCAUCCUAACAGCACAUAGUAUUAUGCAAGAGACCACAAGAACACAUGACUAAGUGUUUAAAUGUGAUGUGGGAUAUAUAUCUAUAUACUUACAUGCUGGAGAAUGUCUUUUCAAUGCUAUGUUUGUUGAUUUUUUUUUUUUUCCCCCCAGUGUGUGAUGUAUUUUCUUUAUGGUAUCUUUGGGAUCCAUGUCAGUAUUAAAUGAAGAAAUGCAUAUGGAGCUUUA